AUUGACUGCAUUUAGUUCGCAUAAAUUUGCAAUUCAAAUCAAUCAAAUCCGACACGAAACAGCGAUGCGGUCUUUGAAAAAACUUCACAACCACAACAACAACAAAAAAACGCACUCGACGUUGGCUUUAAAAACUUGUCAUUUUUGCGGUUGUAAAUGAGAAAAAGUUUUCAGUCACAUUUGAGCUCUCGACUAAUCGACAUCAUGAGAUUGACAAUUUUCUUAGUUUUUGUGCUUGUUGCUGCAUCAUUUGCACUGUCGCCUGACUGCCCGUCGUACACACAAGUUAAUACUUGCACACCGAAGUGUAAGGACGACAUUGAAUGUGCAUCGGUUGGCGGGAAAUGCUGCCCUAAUAGCUGCAACACUCGCAGCUGUGUUUCAAGACAGAACAACUCAAAAUAUGGAACCAACAGUGGUGAUAAGUACGGCUCAAACACAGCAACUGGAGCUUACUGUGGCAACAUUAAGUGCAAUUCAUUUGAAAAAUGUGGAUCUGAUCCAUCAUCAAAGAAGCCAAACAUAAAGACGUUCUGGAAGGGCUGGUGUGUUGAAAAUUUGAAGUCAGUUGCAAUCAAUAUUUUUUUGGUAGACAAACAACAUAAAUGCAGUUUUAAGGCUGCAGAAGAUGAUUUAUGA